CAAUCUCCCAAGAAGAAGGAUGGCCAGUGCCUUCUCUCGGUUUCUAACUGGCCGAAGUGCCUCCCUGCUCUUGGCUACUGUUGGCACUGGUGCCUUAACUGGUAACUACCUGCUGAAUCAGCAGAGUGUGAGCGCUCAGGAAAGGACCCGGCUCUUUCCUGCAAGCGCUGACUAUCCUGACCUACGAAAGCAUAACAACUGCAUGGCUGAGUGUCUCACCCCAGCCAUCUAUGCUAGGCUCCGGGACAAGAUGACUCCCAAUGGCUACACCCUGGACCAGUGUAUCCAGACUGGUGUGGACAACCCCGGCCAUCCCUUUAUUAAAACUGUAGGCAUGGUAGCUGGUGAUGAGGAGUCUUACGAGGUCUUUGCAGAACUUUUUGAUCCUGUCAUUAAGCUAAGGCACAAUGGCUAUGACCCAACGGUGAUGAAGCACCACACUGACCUGGAUGCAUCCAAGAUCACCCAGGGGCAGUUUGAUGAGCGCUAUGUUCUGUCAUCCCGAGUCCGAACAGGACGUAGUAUCCGUGGACUUAGCCUGCCUCCAGCCUGCUCCAGGGCAGAGAGGAGAGAGGUGGAAAGUGUUGCUAUCACGGCCCUGGAAGGGCUCAAGGGAGACCUGGCUGGGAAAUAUUACAAGCUGACCGAAAUGACUGAGCAGGAACAGCAACAGCUCAUUGAUGAUCACUUUCUAUUCGAUAAGCCAGUAUCUCCAUUGCUAACAUGUGCAGGGAUGGCCCGAGACUGGCCAGAUGCCAGGGGAAUCUGGCACAAUUAUGACAAAACCUUCCUCAUCUGGAUUAAUGAGGAAGAUCACACCAGGGUAAUCUCUAUGGAAAAAGGAGGAAAUAUGAAGAGAGUAUUUGAGCGAUUCUGUCGUGGAUUAAAAGAGGUGGAAAGAUUAAUCAAAGGUCGAGGCUGGGAGUUCAUGUGGAAUGAACGCCUAGGAUAUGUUCUGACCUGUCCUUCCAAUCUCGGAACUGGAUUGAGAGCUGGUGUCCAUGUGAGAAUCCCGAAGCUCAGUAAGGAUCCGCGUUUUCCUAAGAUUCUGGAGAAUCUGAGACUACAGAAGCGAGGUACAGGCGGUGUGGACACUGCAGCAGUUGCUGAUGUAUAUGAUAUUUCUAACAUAGACCGCAUUGGUCGAUCAGAGGUUGAACUUGUCCAGAUCGUCAUUGAUGGAGUCAAUUACCUGGUGGACUGUGAAAAGAAGCUGGAGAGAGGCCAAGACAUCAAAGUGCCGCCUCCUCUGCCCCAGUUUAGCAGGAAGUGAUUUUUCUCUUUCCCUCUCUCCUUCCCUUACUCUGUCUGCUGGUAUGACAGAAAUAAAGCAUAAAUAAAUCUCUAGAUUGAGAGUUGCAGUAGCCAUAGCAAAUGUACAAAUGUAGGUCCUGUUUAGGGCUACAAUAAACUCUCCCUAAUUUCUCAUA